GUUUUUCGGCAAAAGUCCUGCCAUUGUUUUCGUACGCUAGGGUUUGGAAGGGGUGGUGCGGUGGACGGACCACUUUCGUUCUUCCUUUGCACAUGACGCUGUUUCGAUCCAAGGCAGCGCUCCUUCUGCUUCUAACAGCUUGCAUCCAUGCGCAAGACGCGCCACCUGCCCUCGUGUGUAGUCCUCUCGAACUCGGCAUCGCAUACACAGGCUUCAAUAUGGGCAACACAUCCCGCACCACCGCCGCCGAAUGCUGCGACGACUGCCUCAAUACCUCAGGAUGCACCAUUUUUGUCUUUCACAAGAACGUUUGCCGACUCAAGACGAACGCAGGUCCAGUGGUCAAGGUGAAAGGUGCAGUGUCGUCGUUUAUCGUUCCUGAAACUCCCGAGCCGACCCCUGACGAGCCAACUAACGAGCCGACACCUACUCCAGACACAUGUGGAUGUGUCGGUGGUUCUCUUUGCUCGGAGGAUGGCCGUUGUGACGCUUGCAACAUGUGGUCUUCCUCAGCCGACGGCCGAGUUUGCGAAGAUCGAUUUGUGACGACUUGUCGUUGGUAUGGUCAGCGAUGGUGCGGCGCCAGCGAUGAGCCGGAACCGCUUGUCGAACCAAUUGGACGGUGCGAGUGUCAUGCAGGGCACAAAUGCGACCUCAACCUAAAUUCGUGUGCCCAUUGCAACUAUCCUCGCCUGAGCGCCGGGCCGGGGCAAGACGGUGUAUGUGAAGACUGGGAGCGCGGUGCAUGUCUCCACACAUUUGGAGGCCAGUGGUGCGGCGGUCUGAACUAGGUCAACGAUGAAUGAAUUUGUAGUGUCGUCUAAUCAAACAUGAUUGAAUCAAACGGUAUGUUGUUUCCC